AUGGAGCACCGAAGACCACGAGAUGCUCUCUCAUGCGAUCGCUGCCGCGCAAAGAAGUUAAAGUGCUCGAAGGAUGCGCCCAUCUGCACUUCCUGCGCCCAUAGCGGUUCGCACUGCCAUUACAGCGGCAAAGUCGCUAGAUCGCCCUUGACAAGGGCAUAUCUGACGAGUGUAGAGAAGCGACUGCACAGUUUGGAGUCACUGGUCACGCAGUUGUUACCUGGCGUCGAUGUCGAAGAUCUGUUGUCAUCUUCCAAUGUGGCUGGUACUGCACGAUCAGUCAUACAGUCCCAAACGCCUGAGGUAGCUCCAAGCCCGCAAGGCAGUACUAACUCAAGUACACAUGAGCCUGCACUUCCUGAGGCUGUGCCAAACAACGUUGAUGGCUUUAAUUGGCAGGAAGAAGACGUCAACGUGGAUGGGUUGACGGAUGGCAUGGCCGCCCUUUCGGUCGAGCCAACUGGUGUAGGUUAUCUUGGCUCGACUUCUGGUGUAGUUUUUCUUCGGUGCCUCCUUGACUGGGCCGGCUUUCUGCAUCAGUCUGUCGCUCGACCUCAGCAGAACCUGACGACCCCAUCUGCUUCUUUCCGGAACGUGUUAGCAUCAUCACACAUCUCACACGCAGCUCUUACGACGCAACUAUCAUCGAGCUUGAUCGAUGCCUACUUUGCCAACUACCACGUUGUCUACCCCUUCGUCCACGAGGCAACAUUUCGUGCUCAAUAUCACGAGGUCGUUCCGCGACCUUCAAAAAAGUCGUGGAACAUGCUUUCUCAUGCAAUUAUAGCACUUGGUGCGUGGACAUUAAACAACGACCAAAUCGGCCUGGAGGAUUACCUGUACCGUCGGGCCUUGACAUUGGGUCAAGAGGAGUCGGUGUUUGAAGCCGCCAGCCUGACAUCUGUGCAAGCACUUAUACUCCUGAGUAACCUCAGUCAGAAACGCAAUAGCCCAAAUACGGGAUGGAAUCUACUAGGUCUCGCUGUUCGUACAGCGCUGAGCCUGGCACUUCAUAGGGAACUUCCUCACUGGAACAUUACCCUGAUCGAACGUGAGACAAGACGUAGAGUAUGGUGGGGCCUAUACAUCUUUGAUAGUGGGGCUUCCACGACUUUCGGCCGUGCCAUCAUGUUACCCGACCAAGAGACGAUGGAUGUUCAUUCGGUACUGAACAUUAAAGAUGAGUCGCUUACGCCACAAACUGUAACGCUCCCUACUGAGGUUGACGAGGCCACCAUCUACUCGUCGCUAAGAGCGCAGAGUAGUUUCCACCUGCAGACAAACCAUAUUUCGAAUAAACUACUAGCCGAGCCCGGGCUUUCCGCUGAGGCCGCGCUCGCUUUGAACAGCUCUGUGGAUUCAUGGACACACACAGUUCCCCCAUACUUCCAGCUGUCCCGAGCACCCAGCUCGUCAGUCCAGUGGUAUGUGUUCGCGCGGUCUCGGCUGUGGUGGAGAUUUUGGAACCUCAAGAUCAUUAUAUUCCGACAAAUUCUGCUACGCCGAGCGAUCUCCGAGCGAGGCCAGAUACCAGAUCAAGCUACGCAAUCGACUCAAGAAGACUGCAAGCGGAUAUGUCUCGAAGCUGCGCAUUCUACAGUUGUCUCGAUACAUCAAUAUGCGAUGCAGGAAUUGAAUAGACUCGAGGGUUGGUACGCGACAUAUUUCCUGUUUCAUGCGGCACUCGUGAUAACGCUAUGUAUCAUCAGCUUUCCGCGCGCUGAGGAGACCACGACUUGGCACGACGACGUUCGCUUGGCGAGAACCACCUUUCGCGAACGGCUUGUUGGGGAUUCAUUAUCAGCACGUUGUGUAGCGAUUCUUGACCAAGUCGUGUCCGAUGGCGACUUAAAUUCAGGCGGACUGCAAGAUCUGGAGCUUUCCAAAGACGCUUUGAGCACAUUUCCCUGGUCCAUCGAGUCCAACGAGUUAUUCAACUCUUUUGAUUGGGAUUUUACGACGUCCGGGUUCUGA